AUUGACGAUCAUCACCAUGAAUACAAAUUAUUAGAAAAUGGUAAUGUAAAUAUUAAAGAUCAAGAGGACGAAGAGAAUAGUGGUAAAAAUAAAUUUAACAGUGAAAAUAGUAUAUAUAUAGAAAACGCAGAUGGUGGUAAAGCUGGUAGUGGUAGUAAAAAUAGAAAAAGUACUUAG